AUGGCAGGGCGAAAUUUGGAGUUAGAAGCCCGCAUGCGUCAACAACUCGAAGCUGCAAUAAUGGCCCGAGGUGGUGGCCAGUCCGGCAUGCUAAAUAUCCCUAAUAUGGCUGCCAUCCAAACUAUGCAAAAUAUUCCUGGUAUACCUAAUCGCCAGAUGGGAGCGGGACUAUCAGAAACAGACGCCCAAUUCCUCUACCUAAUGACACAAUCCCCGGAAGCGAUGUUACAUUCCCAAAUGGCCUCUGCCAGCAACCCGGCCCUCCAAAACUACCAAAACAUACGCCCGAUCAUCCCGAUGAAUCAACAAUUCCCACAGAUCUCCCAAAUCCCGCCAUAUAUGAUGAAUUCCGGAGGCUAUGGCCAGCUUGGAAACUACCCAUAUAUGCCAAAUAUGGGGUAUUUACCGCCCUAUGCCUAUCAAAUGAUGCAGCAGCAGUAUGGUGCCGCAAAUUCAAUAUACCCAUUUGCCGCAAUGUACCCGAGGGGCGGUUUUCCGAUUAAA